AUGGCCACAACAGCCCCGCUCCAGGCCCGGCGGCGGCCCCCUAAGCCGGCUCUCGGAUUGCCCGCUCCAGAACAUAUCCGCUUUCGCCAUCCCGGUUAUAACUGUCAAGACCUGCUCCUAACUCUCCCUCGCGUUGAUAGUACAGCAUCGAUUUCUACCUACGGCGUGCAUCAUAGAACAGCCGUACUGGCGUGCCAGAUUAUCGCUGGGAAAGCCUUCGCUAAUAGCUAUUUCUCUCUCGAUAAGGCGGGUCAACAGCAAGUCCAGGUACCACUUGAUGGCAUCUUGAUAGACGAGGCGUACUAUUUCAUCGUUGACGGCUCUGUGCUUUAUCCUAUCUGGCCUUCUGUUCACGCCGGCUCUGUCACCACUAUAGACUGCGGUAUUACCAACGCUGGUUACGCCGUCGAUGAAGCCCAUCUUUGGUUUGUUAUUAUUCCAAAGAUUGUUACCAUCGAUUCUUCCCUUCAGCCCUGCCUUCAGUACGUCACGCAUAUCAUUUCAGAGUCUGCAGCGGAAUUAUGGGCUCAAUCACAUAUCACCCUCGUCGGGUCCCUCAAUAAUCAGUCUCGCGCUUACCUCUUUGCCCGUUUCGCUUGGGCUAUCCUUUUCUGGGCCAAGCUCUUCGUCAUCGCAGGCCAACGUCGUCACGCCAUCCGAGUCUCUAGAGAUGCAGAUGGCAAGAUAGAGCACAAGACAAUGUCUUGUACUGGGAUAGAGCCUCGGAACGCAUACGGCGGUGGAGGAUCAAAAACGGCAAGCCCGCUAAAUCCGAGGAAGAAGUCCGGACAAGGCAGCCCAAAAAAUGAAGACAGCUUUACAGAGUCAUCUGGGGACAGCGAUAUUGAUAUGGACGACAUGGACUGGAGAGAAUGGGGAAGAAACAGAAGACAGGAGUCGUCAGAGGAGACUGCCCCUGAUAUCAUACCACUACGGAAGUCAUCAGAGGAAACCGCCCCUAAAAACAAGGUACACCUGGAGCCAGCUCUCGACAUGGAGCUUAGGACAGCUUUGCGCCAGGUUAUACCGCAGCAGGGUGCAGCCUCGGAAGACUAG